GUGCAACUUGUUUCCCAUCCACAAUUAACUGCAAGCAACGCGCAAAAGAGUCAUCCACUCAAACAACGCACAGCGCCAAUAUCCACUCGACAGAGCUGGACGACUGUAAAGCAAGAGAACCGACAGCAAAUCACAGCACAGCAGCAAGAGAAACACGCCAAAUGGACCUCGACAACGCGCCAGGCGUUGACCUCGACGAGGUGAUGGAGUACGAGGACGACGCGUUCGAGGGCGACCUCACGAUGGAAGAAGGCGAGGGCGACGGCAUUGACCCGGAUGCCGAGAUGCAGCCCGAGGUGGCCGAGGAGGCAGAAGAGGAGGAGGACGUCGCGUUCGACGAGGAAGGUGGCGAGUGGGCCGGUGAUGAGGACGGCGCGGGUGGCGAGGAAGACGCCGUGGUGGGCGAGGCUGCCGACACAGAGGCAGUCGUGGUCGACGAGGGCGCCGAGGAGACUACGGGCGCCGAGGCACUGCCUGGUGCGCCCGUCGCGCCCGAGGACGCCCCAGCACCAACAGCGGACGCCGCUGUUGAGGAGCCUCCAGUCGACACCGCCGCGCACACAGCAGCAGACGAAGAAGAAGAAGUCUACGACGAGACACACGACGAGACCCUCGCGCCGUUGGCCCCGGUCCUCAUCCAUCUCCCCUCUCUGGGCGCGCGUGCGCUCUUCACCGCGCCCGAGAUCGACGAGGCCGACGCGGACGCACAGCAGCCCGACCUGCCAGUGUACCUCUUGCACCAGGACGAGCUGGCCGAGGAGCCGCUGAGCGCGCUGCUUGCCGCGCUGCGCCCAGAGCUAGCGAAGGACGGCGAGGCGGUGCCGGGCGAGCUCGUGCUCGUCGAGAAGCAGAUGGACUUGAAGAUGGGCGAGGACGACAUCAACCUUCAGAAGAUUACCCUGCUGGAUAUCCUUGCCCUCCAUGAGGGCUGCGGCCUCCCCACGCCGGUGCAGCUGUUCGUCACGUCCGAGCCACGCCGCUUCAUCACCCGCUAUGAGGCGAUCAAGCGCGAGGUCGAGGCCGCCGACGAGCGCGCACGCAGCGCGCCUCAGUCUGAGCAUCUGGAAGAGUACGACGAGUACGAGGGCGACGAGGCUUAUGAGGAGGAAGGCGCCGAGGGGUAUGAGGAGGAGGGCGCCGAGGGCGAGGAGGCUGGUGAAGGCGUCUUCGACAAGGAGGCAGACGCCGGCGGCGUGGUGGCCGAGCAGGAUGGUGCGGAAGUCACAGAAGCCGACGCCGAGGCUCCAGAAACCGAAGCCGAGGUUCCCGCCACCGAGGCCGUUACCGCCGCCGCCGCCGCUGCAGAAGACACUGGUGCCGAGGCCAACGCCGCGGAAGCCGACGACGCACACGAAGAAGAGUACGAAGACUACGGCGAGGAGUACGACGAAGAAUACGAGGAAGGCGAGGGCGAGGAGGCCGGCGCCGAGGCUGAGGAGCAACCUGAGGAAGCCGCAGCAGAGCCUACUGCGGCGGACGAGGCAGCUCCAGAUGACCCGACUGCAGCUGAAGCUGAGACUGAAGCUGCAGUCGAGGUCAGGGAGGAGCCUCCUGCCGCAGUGGCUGAGUCUGAGGUUGCUGUCGAAGCAACUGAGGCCGGAGCUGCUGUCCCUCCAGAGGUGACCGAGGUCACAGAACCUGAGGCCGACGACGACGCGCCUGCUGCCGACGACGCGGAAGCGGACGAAGACUACGAUGAUGCCGACGACGAGUACGGUCUCAAAGGUAUUGAGGAAGCGGCUAUCCGAGAAUCGGCUGUGGAGCCGGAGGACAUGCCCGCGACCGAGGCAGAUGCGCCACCCGCUGAUGACACCGGCGCAGAGGCUGCAGGAAGCGACCCAUCACUUGGAUCGACACUCGCUGAUGGCGACGAGGCGGCUGAAGAGGCCGCCGACGGAGUUGAAGACGAGUACGCCGAAGAAGAGUACGAUGAGCUCGAGCACGGCGACGACGACGCUGCCGUCGAGGACGUCGCUGAGGACGCCGCCGAGGACGAAGGCGAAGAACCCGCUAUUGAAGGAGACGACUAUGUGGAAGAAGAGUACGAUGAGGAGGAGUACGGCGAAGACGAAGGCGAGGAGUAUGGCGAGGAGGCAGAGGCGGAGGAGGCCUACGAUGAGGAGGUGUACGAUGCCGAGGAUGGCGAGGCAGAUGCCGACACCGCGCCAGCAUCAUCAAAACGUCCUUUUGAGGACGACGGUGAAGGCGACAGCCCUGAGAGUGCGGCCAAGAAGCUGCGUGCCGAGGCUGAGUAAUCCCUGGCGCCAGCGUCGACGAGGCCAUGCCAGUUGAGCAACCUUGGCCUGAGCAAAGCCAACGACCUCGGGCCCCGGCCUGAUUCAUUCUCCACAUCCAGCAUCAUCCUUGCAUCGGCACUGCGCAGCGCAGAGCUUGCUCUGUCACAGUACAGUCCACCCACACAAUACUGCAUUCCCCCACCAACCCCAAACACACUCCCCCACUUCCUACCCCGCAUCUCCCGCACCCCCCAUCAGCAACGUGUGCCGGCGGCAUUGUGCUCGCUUGCGUGGUAUUCCUCCGGUACCCCACGCACGCACGCCACCACGUUCCUCAAGUCGGCGUCGGCCCACCAAGCCGACCCACCCCAGCAAGCAAUCAACUAACAGAGCGCCUUGUGCGCCGUCGCAUUCGUCUCGCCUCCUGACUUUUUCAGCCGUUUCCAUCUCCCAGGUCAUCAAGGUAAGUGCUAACUAUAACUGGGGCGUGUGCAGCGACGCGCACAGCGAGCAGACACGCCCAUCCCGCCCGCCAUUUGUCCAUACAACAUUGUCUAUACCCCGCAUUUUUCCACCUCCUCUGGUCUGUAUGCAACCCAACCGACGGUUGGUGUUCCUGGUGCCUGCAGCCGUCUUCAGCCGUUGCAAGCCUCGUGCGUGCGUGCGUGUCUGGAGGCCGGUGUGCGUGCAAGGCGAGGGGCAGACACAAGUUUAUGCAUCGGGUUGUGC